CGCGAGUCAAUUGUCAAGUGCAGAAGUUCUUGAAGCUGGCUUGGUGUGGAAGUUUAUAUUGUGUGUCCCAAUCCCGAUGACAGUUUUUAAUCCAUUCAAGUUGCUGCUCGAAAGAAAGAACAUACCAGUCAUUAGUUUAUAGACAACCGUUGAUUAAAGGUAACAGAAUGAAUGGGAUAUCAGGCUUGAGGCAAAGGACAACAGCUCCUGCCUCGAAAACUACCAACACAGAUUGCUCCUCUCAUCCCACGACACCAGCAGUGAACCCAUUUGUGCAUAACAUUGACAUGAGUGUAUAUGACAAGAUCAAAGUUUAUAUCUUGACGGUCAUAUUGCUCCCUCUCCGGCUUGUUGCUGUUUUUGCCUGCCUUUUGAUUGCAUACUUGCUGGCCUGUAUUGGUACUAUAGGUUUAUCUCAAGAAGAUUUGAUUCACAAACCCAUGACAGGAUGGAGAAGGGAGCUUCGCACGGUGAUCUGCUGGUGGAUGUGCAAGAUGUUUUUCAACAUGGGGUUCUACCGAGUAACAAUUAAGGGAAUCAGGGCCACCGAGAGAGAAGCGCCAAUCUUAGCGUUGGCACCGCAUUCGAGUUUUUCGGAUGCGUUUCCUGUUGUACUUCUCACGGCGCCCAGCCUCGUGGUCAAGCAAGAAGUUCAGGAGGUGCCAUUUUUUGCCAAACUCAUCAACUAUACCCAGCCAGUUUACGUCUGGAGGGAAGAUCCUGAUUCUCGACAGAAUACAAUCAAGGAAAUAAAAAGACGUACAACCUCGCCUGACGGAUGGCAGCAGAUCCUCAUUUUCCCGGAAGGAACUUGUUCCAAUCGUAAAGGAUUAAUCACGUUCAAACCGGGAGCCUUUUACCCCGGUGUUCCUGUUCAGCCUGUUUGUAUUAGAUAUCCUAAUCGCUUGGAUACUCUUUCGUGGACUUGGCAAGGACCUGGCGCUUUGGAGCUUCUCUGGUUAACCAUGACUCAAUUUUACACGUAUUGUGAGCUGGAAUUCUUGCCUGUAUAUGUUCCAACAGAGGAAGAGAAAUGUAAUCCUAAAUUGUUUGCAAGUAAUGUUCGAGACGUUAUGGCCAAAGCACUACAAGUCCCGAUUAUAGAUUAUUCCUAUGAGGAUUGCCGUCUUAUGAGCAAAGCCAAAAAGCUAGGUUUACCUCCUUCAAUUGGACUGAUCGAAGUCCAGAAUGUUCGGGAAGAAUUCGGUUUGGAUGCAAGAGUGCUGGAAACUGAUUUUUUAGAAAAGUUUGCCAAAUUUGCAGAUGCUUCAAGUGGCCUGGCAACUGCCAAGCAAUUUGCUAGGUAUUUGCGUCUCCCUGUGGAGCACCCUAAAGCAAUGGAAAUAUUUGAAAUUUACGACUCGGAUCGAUCUGGUAUGAUCUCGUUUAAAAAAUAUGUCCGAGGUCGGUGCACGCUGAGUGGAUCAGUCAAGAACUCUACUCGAACCAAUGUCAGUUGGGACGUUGUCAAACAGCGCCUUAAACUUUCACCACAGGAUUUGGAAACGAUUGACUCAUUCGUCACGAAUUUAAAAUCCGAUGCGAAUGAAAAUGAUGUUUUGGAUCACCUUUACGCCGCAGUACCAGAAUGGAGUUGGAUUGUUUCUGACUUGUGCAACUCACGAUUGCCAUAAUUUAAGGUCCAUCUUUAUAUUUAUAAGCUAACCAAGGAUCCCGUUUCUUCCCACACGUCAUCCACCCAUAAACAUUUACGUAUUAAUUAAUCCUGUUUACGAGUACCCCUUGCGAAGGACGUCAAGUUAAAACAUGACUCUUCUCCAGGCCGAGAGAGCAAAAUCCGCGCCAGCAAAAUUUUUGAAACGGUUGCUGUGUACUAGUCUUACGAAAUCUUGGGUGUUUAUUUUUGGCUGUCUCUAAGUGUACUUAGCUGAUCGUAUUCAGUGUACUGCGCGCGUUUCUUUAUCGAUAAGUAUUUCAAACAGAAUGCAACCCACAACUUACGUUCUGUGUGUUUGGCUUCAGUUGCCGAAUAUUUUUGUCUCUUCGACGGGAAUUUUGCAAAAUUUAACAAUCUUAUUCAUUAGGAUAUUUGUUCCACCUUUUCUUCCUACCCUCUCGAAAAUAUGAAAUAGUUCACUCGUGUCGUCGAAUGUGACAGUGCCCGGAUUAUUAAGUGUCCACUUUUUAAUUCGACAUAAAUUUUGGUUAGAUAAAAAAGGAUACCUCGUCCUGCGCGAUUGCGAGGCUUAUUAUUUAACUGUUUUGUGAGGGGUGUAAUUUGUGUGAUAGAGAAAUUUUGUAUGUAUGUAUGUGAGUGUUUGACUUGAGCAAUCAUACGGCCUACAGAACGAACAAUACACAAGAUCAGAUAUAACAAGGUUGUCAAGAA